AAGGGGGAGGGGAUGAUGCCAUAUAGCACCGAGACGCCAGCGGUCCGACUUAGUCUACUCGGCAACAUCGUUCAAAAGUUAUUCUAUAUCGUAAAAUUUGUUAUUUGUUCGAGAGGUCAACGAAGUCGAGAAAAAAAUGCCGGCUCGUAACAAAGAACAAGAGGCAGAAGUCCUCACUUGGAUCGAAAAUGUACUCGGUGAGAAACUCCCACCAGGAAAUUAUGAAGACAUUCUCAAGGAUGGCGUUGUCCUUUGCAAACUGAUCAACAAACUUGCACCUGGCUCUGUCAAAAAAAUUCAAACGAAAGGGACAAAUUUCCAGCUUAUGGAAAACGUUCAAAGGUUCCAAGCAGCGAUAAAGGAAUAUGGCGUACCGCAAGAAGAAAUCUUCCAAACGGCAGAUCUCUUUGAGAGACGCAAUAUUCCUCAAGUGACCCUCUGUCUUUAUGCGCUUGGUAGGAUCACUCAAAAGCAUCCGGAAUUCAAUGGACCACGUUUAGGACCAAAAAUGGCGGAUGAAAAUAAGAGAAUGUUUACGGAAGAACAAUUGCGUGCUAGCGAAGGUCAACUCAACCUACAAAUGGGAUUCAACAAAGGUGCGAGCCAAGCGGGUCAUGGUGGAUUUGGAAAUACUCGACAUAUGUAGAUCUAUGUGAAAGCAGAACAGUUAUUUAUUGUUAUAUCUCGCUAUAAAUCGAUCAAUCAAAAAGGCAACGAAAAGGACAAUGAAGGGACAGAGGCGAAACUUUUUGACAAACGCGUACAUUCGAUUUUACAAAUUUAGUAGUAGACAAUAAGCCAAACAUUUUACAUCAAACAUUUACAUGACAACGAGCAAGAUUAAAUUGCUGUAUUUUACAUAUUCUCUAACUAAACACACGUAACGAUAUCCAUGUUACAAGUACAUACACAUAUUACACACAUACACACACGCGCGAAGAAAUAAUUAUAUGAAUAAAUUCUCGAAUAUUUUAUUCAUAUUUCAUUAUUAAUAUUUUGGAUGUUUCGUAGGACGAACGUAGGUACGAUUGAAUUUGAUGAAUAGAUGAACGAGUUAGGAUCUUGCAACGUAUUGCUCGAAGAUUCGACACUUGCUCGAUAUUGAUUGAUAAUUAAUGAUAAUUAUUUGAUAUUAAUUAGCACUGUAAAUAUGGCAGAAUAUCCAUAUGCCCACCCAAUCCUGUUUAUCUUUCGCCUCUUUUCAUAAGGUUUAUAAUAAUAUAAAAUAUAAAUUUCUUAUGUAACAAA